GCUUGCCCGGCUCACAGCAUGCGCCCUCUCGAAUCCGCCUGAGAACAGAGCCUGCAGCCAUGUUCGCAACUCUGUAACAAUAAGAGGCACCCUCGCAAACAAACGAGCUUCCACAUCACCUGCUUUCGCAAACAAGACGGGGUCCCGACCACGCCCGUCCAGGUCUUUGGACACGCCAUGCUCGCCCCUCCUCCAGCUCCGCGAACCCAGCAUGGCGCUCGCUCCUUCCAGUUUCGAGGAUUCGAUCGCCUCGUCGGACCUUGACUUUUCCGAUGGCUUCGACGAGCUCUCGUCGUCUCACACAUCGCCCAUGAACCGCACCUACGACGAUCCGGGCCAUGACCCGCCCGCUCUUCCUUCCAUCGCGCAACCGUUGGCGCCCUGGGAAGACGGCUCCUCCAUGAUUGACCACGAGUUCUCAGACCUCGACAUCCAGACUCUAUUUGCCGUCGUUCAGCGCGCACAAGAUGUUCUGCCAACAUUACCCGCCCACAGUCGCCGCCCGGUUCCGGCCCUUUUCAAGGCCUACUACGAGAUCCUGCCUCAGCGAGGCAUCGACCCCGAAGAUGACCAGCAAAUCGCAAAGCUCAUAUUCAAGCUGGGUGGUGUCAAGACUGGGGGUUCUCUCGAGGAGAAAUUCACUGCCGUCAUGUCAAGGAUGGGCAUUGAGCUCCAGCUAGAGGAUCUACAGUCCCAAGCAAGCGAUACCGAGGGCGAAAACGCCCAGAUGCCAGAUCUGCCCUCCCUCGACCAGGAUCAUCACGACCACGUGUACAAGAUGCACGAGACUGAGCCUGACGCGGAGAACGACACAAUGGUCCCUGAGCCCACCUACACAGGACUUUCUGUUAUCACCGAGGAAUCGCACACACACUCCAGCACAUAUGAGGUCGAGGACCAUUCCCUCCUGCCUGAAGAGCCAGUAGCCGCGAUCGAUGAACAGGAUCUUCACGAGGCUGCUGCGGCCUUCCACGACGAACACAAGUUUGUGUUUCCGGUCACGACAGCAUUCUCACAGUGGCAUUCGAGAGCAUCGUUUGCUAGCCACAUUCUUGCUCAAUUUCAGCUGGCACGGCAGGCGGACCUGGAGGACGACGUCCAAGACAAGUUCCAGGAAUGGAGGAGUGUAGCUAUCGAAGCGAAAGAGGUACCUCUAUACGAACUCCCUGGAAACAUAUUCUCUAAACAGACGGAACAGGUGGCCGUGCGCGCCCGUGAAAUCUAUGCACUCAAGUGCACCCUACACCGGUGGAGGCAAAAGACACGAAGAGCAACAUCCCAAGGCGCCUCGACCAGUACCACCCAAGCGGAUCUCAUGCAGCGUGUAGCGACAAAAGCGCAUAAUAACCUCAUGUUGUCGCGGACGUUCACACAAUGGUACAAUCGCGCCGAGGAGGAAGCCAGCAAGGAGAGGCUCGCUCGCCACGCAUAUGAGUCUAAUCUCAAGGCCAAGAUCUUUGACGCGAGGCCAAGGGUGGCAGCAGUCGAAUCCAAACCUGUCCCAGACUCAGGAGAGCAGGAAACUCGCGCUCGCCAAACUCGAGCAGGCACCUCAGAGGCCAGGGGUAAAUCCGCAGUAGACUCUCUACCUCAAAAGGCGCCUGACACAACAAGUGCGAAUCCCAGAAUGAAUGUAGCCUCUGGUCUAGAACUUGAUCAGAAGCACAAAGGCACGGCAGAAGCUACUCGCCGAGAAAGCUUUCAGCAUCAAGACGCCGCUGGUCAGUCAAAAGUGGCUUCAGAGGCUCGAAAGGAGCGUGAAGAAGAACGUCGGAAGGCCGAAGAGCGUCGUAGUGCGCUUAAAGCUCGUACCCUCUCGCUGAUCCGUGCCCUAUCCGAGAGAACACAAAAUCAAGAAGGCUCUACUGGUGAUGAGGAUCCUGCGAUGUCAUCUGAGGUCGCUCCAGAUGCAGACGGCAAUACAGAGGUUACGGUAGUUCGUGUAGAGGACGAACUGGACGAGCGGACCCUGAUUGCCAGGAGGCAUAUCCUCCGAAUGCGAUACUUUACAGCCUGGGAAGAUUAUUCGAAGCACCACCUUACGUUGGUCGACACCUUUGAGAGACGCAAGGUAGUUGAAUCCUGGCGGCAGCAUGCUGCCAAGGCUCCAGAACGACUCCAGCAUGUACAACAGCGCGUUCCCGAGUUGAGACGGCGAACCUUCCGGAAGUGGAUGAAGAGAGUUCGAACGAACGAACAACUCGUCGAAAAAGCCGACUGGGUAUACAAGCGAUCAAGAGUCUCGCAGGCAAUCCUUCAGUGGCUCGCACAGUCCCGCCAGAGACAACGGUCAACAAUGCUGAAGCGCCGAACGCUAAGUGCCUGGUAUGACCAGCCCAUGGCAGACGCUACACUGGCUGCCUGCGCAGACAAAUUCCACCAUUUUCAGCAAGUUGCGUCUACUUUUAACUCAUGGAGACGCGCGGCUGCGCGAGAGGCUCUGGCAUGUGACAGACUUGAACAGUAUGGUGCCAGGGCUGGAUAUUAUUAUGCGGCCACGGGAGUCCUUCGUGCGUGGAAGGCAGUCGCUAAGGAAACUUCACGAAAGACGGCAGCGAAGAAGGCGGCUCUCGACAACUGGGGCACGACGAGCCAGCAAGAACUUGAGCGGCAGGGUAUUCUUCAGGAAUAUGCCGAACGCGCAAUAUUCUACAACGGCGUUGUCAAAGUUUUGCCAAAAUGGCGCGCCCGAGCAAAGGAAAUAU